UACAUGAAGUACGCACUUUAUACUCAUGCCUUACAUGAAGUAUAGCCCAAAUAAACAAUAUGGCUGACAAACAUUGCCGAUACAACAAAGAAUCGAAUGAAAACAACACAAAGUUGAACGCCGUACGUGAAGAAUAUAAACGAUACAAGAAACGCAGUCCGCCUCCUGAUUUCGGUGACGUUAUUGACUUCGAAAAUCCGUCGACAUUUUCAGGAAGAGUGCGAGAAAUUAAUAUUUUGAAGAAUUUCGACGAAUCAUUUGAAUGUCAUAAUUCUGGGUUGCUCAAUGCCUCUAAGUGGAACGUUUUUGAGCUUAUUUCUUGCCCUGGUUUUAUUUUUAUUGUUAAUCCUUUCGAAACAGGAGUUCAACAUUAUUUCGUGCAACGUUCAUUGAAGAACUUCCCUUGUAAACCAAACGCGACAAAUUUGGUCGUUCAUGAUGACGUCAUAUUAGAGGAGGGCCAAUCAUUUUGGGAGUAUUGGUAAGACGAAUGUCCAUCUGAAUAUUUAAGUACUUGUAUAGGUGUUAUGCAAUUACAAUUGAUACAAAAGACAAUCAAUACCAGUAUUGCAAGAGUCUGAAGUACAGUGCAUGGCGUAGCCAGGGGCCCAGGGUCUUAUGUUUAGAGGGGCAAACGCCAAAGGGGUGGCACAUGCUAGGUGAGUCUGUGUCUCCUGAUUUUUCCUGGAGCAUAAAAUCCUAAUGUGAUCUUGAUCAUAAUUUUUUAUCUAAAUGCAAAAUUUAUGAUCAAGACUACAUUAGGAUUUUCUCCAGGAAAAAUCAGGGGUCACAGACCCACCUAGCAUGUGUCACGCCUUUGGCGUUUGGCUUCGCCAUUGUACUUCAGAAUCUAAUUAAAUUCUAUGUUUAAGAGACACCAUUUCCCGCAUUCUCAAAAUUGGGUUACUUUUCAUAGGAUAUAUAUCUACAAAAGUUUUAACGAGAUCUUACACAUCAGGGCCGUAGCAAUUAAUAUACCUUUGGAAUACUAUUAAAUAAUAUACUAUAAUUAAAUAAUAUACCUUUAGAAUACUGACAAAUUGAUUAAUUUUAAGCGGCUACAUUAUCCAUGACAAACUGCAAAGAAUGAAGAUAUUACCCAUACUUUCCUGCAACUUAUCCAAUAUAUAGUUAAUUAAAUAUGCCUUCACCCAUUUAGUACUACUACAUUUUAAACAAAUUGUUAAUUGACAUUGUUAUAAAUUCGGUCAAAUAUCUUCCCCAAAGUCCAGGAAAUGGCAUUUCAGAGACUUUAAAUUUUAAAAUAUUCCCUGUAGAGUCUUGCACCUGCAGCGUUCGACUCGUUUUCAGCCCCCCAAUCAAAAAGUGGUUCCAACGGGAAUCAUGCACAACAGCCAAUCAGCGCUUCUUCAAGAUUUAAAAAAUAUGACAACGUCACAGGGUACGUGACCCCAGCAUAGUUUUGACAAAAUUUUGAAAAAAAAAACGAAAAUAAUUUGCUUUUUUAACAUCCUCAGAGUGAACUUUUGAAGUUAAAACUUUGAGAGAAUGUAGUAAAAUUACCAGUGUUUGAAAUGAUGUAUAUUUUAUAUUGUUUUUGCUUGUAGUUUGCAAAAUAUUCAUACUCUAGUAAACGUUGUAAUAAAUUUCCGUUAAAACUCUUGCCAACCUUGUCAUAAUAAUAAACUGAGUAGACUCGAUGCAUGCCCACAUUUCAACACACAUUUUUGGGCUGCUUAUGGCUACUCCGGUUCUAAUAAAUGAAUGCAAAGCCCAGUGAAAUUGCAUUCACAACCCAACAUUUCGGCACUCCACUCUAGAGUAUUCAUCAUGGGUGAUCUGAAGUUGCAACAUACAACUUUCUUACAACCAUGGGAUGACGUCAUCUGCCAACCAGAUGGAUAUAUUCUUAAUUUAUUUUUUUUAAUAAUAGUAAUAUAUUUAUUUCACACAAAUUGUUACAUAAUUUAGGUAAAGCCAAAGCCAUAGGCUUAUUUGGCAAAAAUAUUUGAAAGUAUAGCUCAUGGUGGUCGGUACAAGAAAUUAAAUAUGAAUAAUUCCAACUAAAUUAUAGAAAGAGAAAAAAAACAAAAAAAACGGAAGAAGCAUUUAAAUUAGUAUAGUAAAUGUAAAUGCUUCAUGGAAAAAAAAGAUAUAUACAGCCAAAUUUUAGUCCUCCUUUUUAACUCAGAGCCAUUCCAGAUGAACAUGUCAACCAUUGCGCUAAUAAUCAGCGCAUGUACACCAUUGCGCUAAUAAGCGCUGUUAUUGCGCUAAUAAGCGCUGUCAAAUUUAAGCAUGCUUACUCAUAUCUUUAUAUUUCACGCUUCUAGGCAACAUCUUGAGUAAUCAUGCAUUGAAAAGGGAUGACAGUGCUUAUUUGCCACAAGUAUACAUCCAUCUUGUUGGCAGAUGACAUCAUCCUAUGGGAAUGUAUGAAGCUACAUUGUGACUUCGGUCACCCAUGCAAAGACAGUGGACUGGAGUCUCAAAACAUUGGGUCGUGAAUCUUCAUGCAAGUUGACUGGGCUUUGCGUUCAUUUAUUAAAACCAACGCAGCAAGCCAAAACAUGACUGAUAUUAUACCUGGUUGCCAUGAGCACAUAGACUUUAAGUGUACACAUCAAGCUCCUCUAAUAAAUCAUCAUUGUGUCUCCCCCCCCCCCAAGUUUCUCUACGGAUUUACGCUUUUUUAAGGGAAUGGUUUUUGUGGUGAUUGGGGGUGGGGGGACCGGGGCUACGCCACUGUUGAAAGACAAGAGCAAAUUGAAAAACUGAUGACUGUAUGCUUUCCAGGUUGGAUGAGAAACCGUACUGUAACUUGUUAUUUGUUAAUGAUUCUGUACACUAGGGUGAGGCGGAUCAGGGUAAAAACUGAAAACCGUCAGAAUAAAGCAAUUAAAAAACAUUUUUUACAACUAACUAUAACAUGUUUUAAAAACAAUUGUAUUAAUGGUAGUAUACAGUAGUACUGCCCUAAUACGUAAGCAGUAAGCAGUAAGCCACGAUUUAUAGAUUGGCUAUUUUUUCAUGUUGUUAAUGUUUGAAAGUUGGACGUUUUUGGCAGAAAAAGUUUCAGAAUUAGUGCCAUGAUCCUGACAAGGUGCUCUUUUGUAAUUUUCAAUAUUAUACUGAGUUUCAAACAGCCUUUUCAGAGUUUUUUGCCUAGAACAACAUCAUGCAGUUGAAUUAGUUUUCAAAAGACAUUGUUUUUUUGCACGCUUCAGUAACACCUGUAUACUCACCUGCACUGAUUAAAACAAAUAACAAGGUGCAACUUUAUUCAGUCUAAAACUAAAUUAUGUUUAACUUUUUAUUCCUCCAGGCCGGGUAACGUUAAAUUAUGUUGUUCCUCUAUGCAUCAUGAUAUAUCUCAGGAUAUUAGAAUUUUUUUUACAAUUAAAGUGAUUGGAAGCAAUAUUGUAUGCUCAGUUCCUUGAGUAAAUAUUCUUGGAACUGAGUUGAUAAUGUUGCUAUUUUUAUGGUAUAAAAUGUGUUAUAUGCUGAUAUAGCUCAUGCAAUAACCUGGAGGAAUAACAUAAUUAAUAGUUUUAGACCGACUAUAUUGAAUAAGACGAUCCGAACCUUCAAACCAAACACAACAAAAUUUAUAAACUACCGUAUUUAAGUUGAAGAUAGACAAUUGAAAUUAUACCCUUGGUAUUAACCCAACGCUUUCCACUUGAAGCUUAGCAGAUUAGGGUGCCAUGCAAAUUAGUGGGUUAACUAGACACAUGGGCAAAUUGUCUGAUUAACCCAUUGAACGCCAGCACUCUCUCCUUGACGAGUAAGAUCAAAGCACAGUGCAAUUUAAUGGGUUAAUUUGAAAUUUUGUUAUAUAAUAUUAUAUGUACAGUACUGGAAAACACUGUUUGUUUUCUGUAAUAAUUAUAGUGUCGAGUCAGCUUCACCUGACACUAUCAAGAAACUGAGAUGGACCCAUCUUGGUUAUCAGUUUGACUACAACAAUGUGGAAUACAAACCAGACAUUUACUAUGGAUUUCCCAGAGAUCUCGGAAGCCUGACAUGCCAUAUAGCAACAGCACUGGGAUAUCCGGAUUACAGACCAGAAUCUGGUGUUGUUAAUUAUUAUCCACUCGGAUCUAGCAUGGGAGGACAUGUUGACAAAUAUGAAAAUGAUCUGUCGCAACCGUUAGUUUCAAUAAGUUUUGGACAGUCCGCAGUUUACCUGAUUGGUGGAAAAACUUGCGAUAUUCGUCCUACAGGUAUACAACAUUUUAUUUCUAUCAUUUAUUAA